GGGAAUGUAAUGGACCUAGUUUGAUGAUCCGAGCAGUUGCUAUGCUUUGUCAAGGACUAAUGAUAACCUUGACUUGUUCAUUACAAAAACUUGCAUCAGAUUUUCUUUCACGUACACGUACAUCCAUGCAUGAUAUGGUUUCAUGAACGGACUGAGCCAAUCAUCGUUGAGUCGCCUAUGCUCCGCUGACAAUUACAUCGGUUCUUCACUGCCGUGAUUUACGUGCUUCGAGAUCGAUUCGCUUCCAAUUCUGAAUCUAUAAUCAGAUGGAAUCAUGCGUCACCGGGGUACGCAGGAGCAUUGCGGAAACAAUUCCCUGCGCUCAUAAAAGCAAACCAAUAUGAUAGACGCCAAGGAUCCUUGCACUCGCAAUCACCUUUCUAUUAUUCUGGGAUCGGCGCCAAAUGAGCUGUAUCCGUACCUCAAGUCCAUCAACUAUGCACGUAUCACCCCACAGACGUAUUGUGGACAAAUGCACCCCACGCGACAAGUACGCGAGGACACACGUACAUCUAAAGAAUUCAUUCCUCUCCAGCUCUGAUGAUUUGAGUGUAAAGACUCCAAGCCCACCUUGGGUCCACGCGUAUAAUUCACGACAACGAUCGCAGUCUUCCGCAGAUACACAAGGCUGGAAGCAUCUGCCAACUCCCAUCCGACCAACCUUCCGCCCGCGUGAUUACGCAUCACCGCCCAGUGCGGAUGAUGUCUCCACUGAGACGCACACGAACACUUUCAAAGUCCUACACCGCUCGUUGCAUAACCUUGAUUUUGAUCCAUCUUGCCUUGAUCGUCUCGAUGAACAGCUUCUCCUUUCGCCUACUGAGUCAUUCGUCGAUGUAUGUUACUCUGAAGCUGUUCACGACGCCAGUAUUCCUGUUCCUAUGCUCCAACCCAUCCAACCUCGCAUACGUAAAGAUACGAGAUUAUAUGACCGUACAGCUGCCACUGAUGAAGACCCUUUCCACGAUUGGGAUGAAAAUUACUCCGUCAAAUUCAAAAAGUCUCGCAAAAAACCAUUGCCUCCACCUCCGCUCCCACAGCUGCCUGAAGCAUCACUUCCCAGAACGAGUCACCAGGACUCGAUGCUCGCUCUUCUGGAGUCACAUAUCCUGUAUCACAAUCCCAACGAAUCUGUUCACUUUUUCCCAGUUUCUACGCAACGCUGCAGCGGGGAAUCGCGAAAAUCUUCUCUGGAUGCUCCCUCUAUCACCUCCACGGGGUCGAAUGGCAGAUUCAGACGCAUUUCUGAUGCUCUGACCGGCCGUUCUCGAAAACCCACUGCUUGAAACCCCGCCGGCUUCAUUGAAUGCAAAGCCAUCAUUUCAGCUUUUUCGAUCACUCGACAAAAUCGGCAUGCCGUACCACCUCCAUUCCUUGACUGUUAUAUCUACUUUAGCCUAAUCGCAUGCAGCAGGAACUCCAUUUGCGACCUUCAUACCCUC